AUUUAUCUUUUCUUUUAUUAGCAUGUUGACAAUUUUUCUGCAAGCUGAAUGAUUAUUUUAUCCAAUUUCUUACCAAAAUCACAAAUAAUACAAAAAGGAUAAAAGUGAAUUAACGAACAAUGGAAAUACCGAUUGAGGAUGAUGUUCCAAUGGAAAACGGAAACUCACCAAUUGCUAUGAAAGAAUCGGACGAUGAAAACCAACAACCAUCGAUCGCAGAAGAAAAAGAUUCUUCACCAAUUAAUGGCGAGGAAAUCGAUGGAAUUGCUGUAGAACCUCCCGCAAGCAACGAUGUCUCACCAAGUGAAAAUAAUGAAGAGCGGGCUCCACCACAACAAUCACCGCCACCGGUUUCGAAUAAGUUCUGGAAUAAGCCCUUCAAUGGUGGGCCUCCACCGAAUAGAGGACGUGGUGGAGGUAAUUCUUUCUUCCGUGGACGUGGUGGGGGUAGAUUCGGAGGACCAAAUCAAGAUCACAAUUGGCAGGGAAACAAUGAUCCGAAUAGCUCGUAUAACAACACCUUCAACGGGCCACCGAUAGAACUCUGGGUGGAGACGAAAUCUGAGGAUUCAAAGCCUUACUAUUAUCACGCCAUCACUAGAGAGACAACGUGGACCAAACCAGAAGGACCAAACAUCAAAGUAAUGACCCAAUCGGAAAUUGAAGAAAUGAAUACAAAAAACCAACAAAUGCAACAACAGCAACAACAACAACAACAGCAGCAGCAGAACAAUAUAGAAAACAGCAGCGGUAUUCAGGAGAAUAACAGCCGCGAGGAGAACAACAAGCCAACAGAGAACGCAGUUCCAGAACCACAAAGAUCAGACUUGCAGGUUCUCCCGCCGUUGCAACAGCAGCAACAACAACAACCUCCGCCACUGCAACAACAACAAGUGCCUCCCCAGCAGCAACAUCCUCCACAGCAGCCGCAUCAUCAUCAACCACCACCACAAAUGAUGCCUCCACAACAUUCCCAACCGCCUCCACAGCAUCAGCAGCCACCUCCAUACUACCAGGGCAUGCAUCCGCCAAACUUUAAUCCACCGCCGUUUGGAAUGCCACCACCAGGUUAUGGACAUGGUGGCUACCAACCUCCAUGGGGAAUGCCUUGGAAUAUGCAACAACAUCAUCCCAUUCCGCAGCAAGAGAAACCCGCUAAAAAUCUUAUUAUAAAACCAGGUGUUAUCGAUCCAGCUGUGAUUGCGAGAGCCGCAGAGUGGUCGGAGCAUCGCGCUCCCGACGGACGACCCUAUUACUAUCAUGCCGGGCGAGGCGAAAGUGUUUGGGAAAAACCGCAGGCUAUUCGAGAUAUGGAAGCGGCACGGAUGGCAGCCCAUUCAGGCGCUACGCCACAGACUGUCGUACCACCGCCAAUGAAUCAAGGUCAUCAUAUUCUCCCUAACCCCCAUAUGCAUAUGGGCGGGCAGGCUCCAACUCCAUUUGAUCCUUCAGUAGCCUACAAUAAUGCAGCUAAGGCAGUUGCUGCCGAUCAGACUAUCAAAAUGGCAGAACUCAAAGAGUCCAAGGAGAAAGCUGCAGCUAUAGCUGCCGAAAUUGAGAAGAAGAAAAAAGAAGAGGAGAAGAAAACCGCAGCCGCCAACAAACCAGUAGACAAAAGUCGACCAAUCUCGAGUACCCCCAUUGCCGGUACACCUUGGUGUGUUGUAUGGACUGGAGAUGGACGAGUAUUCUUCUACAAUCCUUCGACUCGUACAUCGGUUUGGGAGCGCCCUGAAGACCUUCUUCAGCGCGAGGAUGUUGACAAGGCAGUGGCGAAUCCACCAGAACAACUCAAAGGUAUUGUUAAACAGGACGCCACUCCACCUGAAGCAAAGCCACCAAUGAAAUCAUCGCCAGUACUGGACAUUAGCAACAAGAGUGGUGACACCAUAAAAAUCCGAACUGAAUCUGAAUCGAGUGUUGAAGAAGUACCACUUAAGAAAACUAAACUUGCAACAGAUCCAAAAGCUGUAAAGAAAUCUCCAAAUGAAGCAGCCAAUGAUGCUGCCAUGGAGGCAGAGGUCCGCGCAGCAAAAGAACGUGCUUUAGUACCCCUAGAGACACGAGUAAAGCAAUUCAAGGAAAUGCUCCGCGAAAAAGAUGUCUCAGCGUUUAGCACUUGGGAGAAAGAGCUUCAUAAGAUUGUAUUUGACCCACGUUACCUACUUUUGACUUCCAAAGAACGUAAACAAGUAUUCGAGAAGUAUGUCAAGGAUCGAGCUGAAGAAGAACGCAAAGAAAAACGCAAUAAAAUGCGCCAGAAGAGGGACGACUUCAGGAAACUAAUGGAAGAUGCCCAUCUCAAUGGAAAGUCAUCAUUCAGUGAAUUUAGCCAACGUUAUGGGCGCGAAGAUCGUUACAAAGCCAUCGAAAAAGUACGUGAACGUGAAAGUUUAUUCAAUGAGUACAUCGUAGAUGUGCGCCGCCAGGAAAAAGAGGAUAAAAUUCAAAAAAAGGAACAGAUUAGGAAAGAUUUCAUAGAAUUGCUUCGUGAACGUUCGGAAAUAGAUCGCCAUUCAAGGUGGCAAGAUGUGAAAAAGAAGUUGGAAUCGGAAUCUCGGUAUCGUGCAGUGGAAAGUUCAAUGCUGCGGGAAGAUUACUUUCUGGACUAUAUGCGAUUGUUGAAGGACGAGAAGAAACGGAAGGAGAAGGAUCGGGAGAGAGAACGAGAACGUGAACGUAAAGAGCGAAAAUCCGACAAGAAGGAUCGUGAUCGUGAUCGUGGCCGAACGAGAGAUCGCAGCAGAGAAAAGAGUACACAUGAGAAAAGUUCAGACAAAAAGAAAGAUGUCGAAAAGGAGGAGGCAAAUAAAACAAGUGACGAUGAAGCCGAAAGACUGCAGAAGGAACGUGAUCGCCAACAAAGAGCCGAACAGAGUAUUCGCGAACGAGAGAAGGAGGUGCAACGGACAUUGGCUGGGCAUCUCAGGGACAGAGACAAGGAGCGUGAGCAUCAUUUGCGUGACGAAGCGAUUCGUCAUUUAAGCGCUUUGCUAGUUGAUCUUGUUCGCAAUCCAGAUCUCACAUGGAAAGAAGUUAAGAAACAACUUCGCAAAGACCAUCGUUGGGAUGCAGUCGACAGUCUGGAGCGAGAAGAAAGAGAAAAAAUUUUCAAUGAUCACAUUGAUGCCCUUAUGAAGAAAAAACGUGAGAAAUUCCGUGAAAUGUUGGAUGAAAUUCCUACACUUAAUCUGACCAGUCCAUGGAAGGAAAUCAAAAAGCAGGUAAAAGAGGACCCACGCUACCUUAAGUAUAACAAUUCGGAUAAAUGUGAACGUGAGUUCAGAGAUUACAUCAAAGAUAAGACAGUUAGUGCAAAGAGUUCUUUACGUGAGCUUUUACAAGAGUGCAAGCUAAUAUCCUACAAGACCAUUGAAACUGUGAAUGAGAAUCCAAAUCAUUUGAAGGAGAUUGAGGAAAUUCUCAAGAACGACAAGAGGUAUUUAGUUUUGGACCAUUUACCUCAGGAUCGAACACAGAUUAUUAUGACGUAUCUUGAAGAUUUGCAUAAAAGAGGUCCACCUCCACCACCAACGGCCUGCGAGUCAACGAGAAGAAAUAAAUAAUUUAGUGUGUCAUAGGUGUAUACAUUACUAAUAAUACAAAAAAUAGGUUUAUUUCAUUUAUUAAACAAAUUUCCCCAUCCAUAAUAACUCAAGUGCACGUACAUACAUAUGUUUUUGAGCGGAGCGAGCUAAGUGUUAAAAUUCUUUUAAACAAAGUACAUAAAUUAUAGAAUGAUUUGAAUGGAAAAA